UGAUUCCAAUUAUAACCCUAGGUCAGAUAAUGUCAGAAAAUUAACAAGUUAUAUUUAAAUAUUAAUUUAUAACUUAAUAUUAUAUUAAAUAUAAAAUAUAUUUUAUAUACUAUUCAAUUAUUAUGACUGACGGAAGAAAAGUGAUAGGAUGUCAAUGCAAAAAAUUACAAAAGCGAAGGAAAGAAUGCAAAAGAAAGAGACAAACAUUAGUAUAUAAUCCGGAGGAAGAAUUGUGGCAUGAACCAUAUUUAAAAGAUUUACGGAGGGAGUUUUCACGUGUAUCUAUAUUAUGUGAUUCAAAGAUUGAAUUGCCAUGGAAAGAUAUUGUAUUACCAGCAGUUGGCAUGAAAAUUCGUCAAGAUGUUUCCUUGACUCCUUUGAUUGAUCGAGAUGAAAAUGAGAAGGAAGAAAAAGAAACAGAGGAAAAAGAAUCUUUAGGAACUAUGCUUUUACCAUGGAAAGAUUUAAUUAUUACGGAAACUGUACCUUCGAAAAAAGAUGCUAUCGAGAGUUGCGAUUCUACGUUAGAAAUUCCUUGGAAUGAUCUUGUACUCGAAAAGCCAAUGGAUAUACAACCCGUACAAGAAGAGGCUUGUGUUACUACCGAUGUUGAGAUUCCAUGGAAUGACAUUUUAAUACCGCGAAAUAUAAUAAUUGAAUCACAAAAAAAGAAGCAUCCUUCUUCAAAAUAUCCACCUCGAACAUUAGUUACAAAAGGCAAAUGUUGUUGUACAAUUGGAUGCAAAAACAAUUCACCUUACAAAUAAUUUAUAAAUUAAUCUA